UUUCUCUCUCUAACUCCAAAAGUGAAACCAGUAGAGAGAGAAACAGAGGCUAGAGAGAGAGAGAGAGCAAAAGCUUCGAAUUUUUUUCGUUUUUUCUUCGAUUCAGAGAAGCGGGAACUCGGAAGCAGAGGCGGAAUCGAUCGAGACCCGCGAAGCUCGAAUGAUGAUAGCGUACGCGGAGCGUUUCGUCCACGAGAACGACACCGAGACGAGGCAGGACGACGGCGUCUCCGGCCUCGACCUCCAGCUCCAGGGGACCCUGGACUGGUCCCCGGCGGCCACCGCCACCGCCGCCAAGGACUUCGGCGGCUUCCGCUCGGCCAAGCCCCUCGCCGUCGUCCGCCCCUCCGGCCCCGACGACGUGGCCCGCUCCGUCAGGGCCGCCCUCCGGUCCCCCAGCCUGACGGUCGCCGCCCGGGGCAACGGCCACUCCAUCAACGGCCAGGCCAUGUCGGACGGCGGCCUCGUCGUCGACAUGCGCUCGACGGACGCGGACCACUUCCAGGUCGUCGGCGGCGCCGACGAGUACUACGCCGUCGUUGCCGGGGGGGCAUUAUGGGAGGACGUCCUGGAGUGGUGCCUGCGCCACGGCCUCGCGCCGCGGUCGUACACCGACUACCUGGGCCUGACGGUCGGGGGGACGCUGUCCAACGCCGGCGUCAGCGGCCAGGCCUUCCGCUACGGCCCGCAGACGUCCAACGUGACGGAGCUGGAGGUGGUCACCGGCCAGGGCGACACGCUGGUCUGCAGCGGCAGCGACAACUCGGAGCUCUUCUUCGCCGUCCUCGGCGGCCUCGGCCAAUUCGGCAUAAUCACCAAGGCGAAGAUCUUGCUUCAACCCGCACCCGAUAUGGUGCGGUGGAUAAGGGUGGUGUACGCGGACUUUGUCGACUUCACCCGGGACGCUGAGUGGCUGGUGACCCGGCCGGACGGCGACACGUUCGACUACAUCGAGGGGUUCGCCUUCGUGAACAGCGACGACCCGGUCAACGGCUGGCCCACGGUGCCCCUCGGCCCGGACCAGCGGUUCGACCCGGCCCGGCUGGCCCCGGGCGCCGGCUCGGUCCUCUACUGCCUCGAGCUGGGCCUCCACCACCAGGGCAGCGACCCUCCCUCGUCCGUCGAUGCGGUGGUGGGGAGAUUGCUCGGACGGCUGGGAUUCGUGGAGGGGCUGGAGUUCCGGCGGGACGUGGGCUACGCGGAGUUCCUGCUGCGGGUGCAGCACGCGGAGCGGCACGCCAAGGCCACGGGGCUCUGGGACGUGCCGCACCCGUGGCUGAACAUGUUCGUCUCCGGGGCCGACAUCGCCGCCUUCGACCGGGCGGUGUUCAAGGGCGUCCUGAAGGACGGCAUCGGCGGGCCCAUGCUGGUCUACCCCAUGCUCCGGAGCAGGUGGGACAAGCGCACGUCCGUGGUGCUGCCGGAGUCCGGCGAGAUCUUCUACCUCGUGGCCCUGCUCCGGUACACCCUCCCGUACCCGGUUGGCCCGCAGGCCGACGAGCUGGUCUCUCAGAACCGCGAGAUCCUGCGGACCUGCGACGACAACGGGUUCGACUACAAGCUGUACCUCCCCUACUACCAGUCGCAGGAGGAGUGGAAGCGGCACUUCGGGAAGCAGCAGUGGGCGAGGUUCGUGGAGAGGAAGGCGAGGUUCGACCCGAUGGCGGUCCUCGCGCCGGGGCAGAAGAUCUUCUCGAGAUCGUCGGUGCCCGGCAAGAUGGCCAGUGAUGGCGGCGGCGGGUUGUGAGGGUUGUGAGCCGGGGGAGUCUCGUUCGGUUGGCCAUCUGCAACUUAGGGUUUUCAUUGCAAGAUUCGUUCUGAACAAUGUUGGAGCAAUGUAAAUGAAAUAUUAUUUGUCGCGAUCGAAAUCCGAAAGAAUCGUUCGUUGGGUGCCUAGCCAACGUCAAGCUGUAAAGCGAACCGAGGUCAC